GAACCGACAAAAUAUGGGACUCCUGUCCCUUGAAGUACAACUUGUCUCUUCCUGAGUAAGGAGAAAGGCAUCUGUAGUGCCUCUCCCAGGGACACAUAGAAGAGAGAAAAGCGAUCAAGAUAAGAGUGGACAGAGGAAUAAGCGAGACAUGUUCACGAAACGGUCCCCUGCCCUCGCUCUGGAAGAGCGCUACCGCCGAGCUGGGGUCCCAAAGCCGGUCUUGGGAGCUGAUGACAAUAACAUGGGAGAUGGCUGCUCACAGAAGCUGGCCACAGCUAAUAUCCUUCGCUUUUUGCUGCUGGUCCUGAUUCCAUGCAUCUGUGCACUCCUUGUCUUGCUGGUGAUCCUGCUCUCCUUUAUUGGAACAUUAAAAAAGACCUAUGUUAAAUCAAAUGGAAGUGAACCUAUGGUUACUGAUGGUGAAGUUCAAGUGCCUGAUGUUAUUCUGAUAAAUACAAUUUAUAAUGAGAGCACGAUGGUACCUACUGUACAUCCCAACCAACACAUUCCAGCCUGGACUAUGGAUGCUUCUCUCCCCGGAGAUCAAAAUCACAGGAACACAAGUGCCUGCAUGAACAUCACCCACAGCCAAUGUCAGAUGCUGCCUUAUCAUAACACAAUGACACCUCUCAUCUCAGUUAUCAAUAACAUGAAAAUGGAGAAGUUCAUCAAGUUCUUCACGUACCUCCAUCGUCUCAAUUGCUACCAGCACAUCAUGUUAUUUGGCUGUAGCCUCGCCUUCCCUGAAUGCAUCAUUGAUGGAGAUGACAGGCGUGGCCUCCUGCCCUGUAGAUCUUUCUGUGAGGCUGCAAAGGAAGGCUGUGAGUCUGUCCUGGGGAUGGUGAACUCCUCCUGGCCCAAUUUUCUCAAAUGCUCCCAGUUUAAAAACCAAACUGAAAGCAGCAACAUCAGCCGGAUUUGCUUCUCCCCACAGCAAGAGAAUGGAAAGCAAUUGCUCUGCGGAGGAGGUGAGAACUUUCUGUGCACCAGUGGGAUCUGUGUCCCCCAGAAGCUACAGUGUAACGGCUACAAUGACUGUGACGACUGGAGUGACGAAGCACAUUGCAACUGCAGUGAGGAUCUGUUUCGCUGUCACACAGGCAAAUGCCUUAAUUAUAGCCUCGUGUGUGAUGGAUAUGAUGACUGUGGGGAUCUGAGCGAUGAGCAAAACUGUGAUUGCAAUCCUGCAAAGGAGCAUCGCUGUGGGGAUGGGCGCUGCAUUGUGGCUGAGUGGGUGUGUGAUGGUGACCAUGACUGUGUGGACAAAUCCGACGAGGUCAAUUGCUCCUGUCACAGCCAGGGCCUGGUGGAGUGCAGGAAUGGACAGUGUAUCCCCAGCUCUUUCCAGUGCGAUGGAGACGAGGACUGCAAGGAUGGGAGUGAUGAGGAGAACUGUGGUGACAGUCAGACUCCAUGUCAAGAAGGAGACCAAAGAUGCCUCUACAGUUCCUGCCUUGACUCAUGUGGUGGAAGCUCUCUGUGUGACCCAGACAGCAGUCUAAGUAACUGCAGUCAGUGUGAACCCAUUACCCUGGAACUCUGCAUGAAUUUGCCCUACAACCAUACAAAUUAUCCAAAUUAUCUUGGCCACCAGACUCAAAAGGAAGCAUCUAUCAGCUGGGAGUCCUCGCUCUUUCCAGCACUGGUUCAAACGAACUGUUACAAAUACCUCAUGUUCUUUGCUUGUACCAUUUUGGUACCAAAGUGUGAUGUGAACACAGGCCAGCGCAUCCCCCCCUGCAGAGUACUGUGUGAACACUCCAAAGAACGCUGUGAGUCUGUUCUUGGGAUCGUGGGCUUACAGUGGCCUGAAGACACAGAUUGCAAUCAAUUUCCAGAGGAAAACUCAGACAAUCAAACCUGCCUAAUGCCUGAUGAGGAUGUGGAAGAAUGUUCACCGAGUCACUUUAAAUGCCACUCAGGAAGAUGUGUUCUGGCUUCCAGAAGAUGUGAUGGCCAGGCUGAUUGUGACGAUGACAGCGAUGAAGAAAACUGUGGUUGUAAAGAGAGAGAUCUUUGGGAAUGUCCAUCCAAUAAACAGUGUUUGAAACACACAGUGGUCUGCGAUGGUUUUCCAGACUGCCCUGAUGACAUGGAUGAAAAAAACUGCUCAUUUUGCCAAGAUGAUGAACUGGAAUGUGCCAACCAUGAGUGCGUGUCCCGUGACCUGUGGUGUGACGGAGGAGCAGACUGCUCGGACAGUUCAGAUGAAUGGGACUGUGUGACCCUCUCUAAAAAUGUCAACUCGUCAUUCCUGACUGUCCACAGAUCUGCAGUGGAAUACCACGUGUGUGCAGAUGGCUGGCAGGAGACCCUGAGUCAGCUGGCCUGCAGGCAGAUGGGUUUAGGAGAACCAUCUGUGACUGAAUUGAUACAAGAACAGGAACAAGACCAGCAGUGGCUGAUGGUACAGUCCAACUGGACGAGCCUCAAUGGAACCACUUUGCAUGAACUGCUGGUCCACAGGCAGUCUUGUCCAAGCAGAAGAAAGAUCUCUCUUCUCUGUACUAAACAAGACUGUGGGCGCCGGCCUGCUGCCCGCUUGAACAAGAGGAUCCUUGGGGGUCGGACAAGUCGCCCUGGAAGGUGGCCGUGGCAGUGCUCUCUGCAGAGUGAACCCAGUGGACACAUCUGUGGCUGUGUUCUCAUUGCCAGGAAGUGGGUUCUGACAGUUGCCCACUGUUUAGAGGGGCGAGAGAGUGCUGCUGUGUGGAAGGUGGUGUUUGGCAUCAACAACCUGGACCACCCAUCCGCGUUCACGCAGACACGCUUCGUGAAGACCAUCGUCCUGCAUCCCCGCUACAGUCGAGCAGUGGUGGACUAUGACAUCAGCAUUGUGGAGCUGAGUGAAGACAUCCACGAGACGAGCUAUGUCCGACCUGUCUGCUUACCCAGCCCGGAGCAGUCUCUGGAACCAGAUACGUACUGCUAUAUCACAGGCUGGGGCCACAUGGGCAACAAAAUGCCUUUUAAGCUGCAAGAAGGAGAGGUUCGUAUUAUUUCUCUGGAACAGUGUCAGUCCUACUUUGACAUGAAGACCAUCACCAACCGGAUGAUAUGUGCUGGCUAUGAGUCUGGCACAGUGGACUCAUGCAUGGGUGACAGUGGUGGGCCUCUUGUUUGUGAGCAGUCUGGAGGACGGUGGACUUUAUUUGGUUUAACUUCGUGGGGCUCUGUCUGCUUUUCCAAAGUCCUGGGGCCUGGUGUGUAUAGCAAUGUUUCAUACUUUGUUGAAUGGAUUGAAAAACAAAUAUAUAUCCAUACCUUCCUCCUAAAGUAAUUCCAAGGAUGAUCAGAAACUUUUGCCAGCAACAUUGAAAGAGAAUGGCCUUCUUGACUGUGAAGAGCUUCUUUCAGAGAGCUGUACAGAGGUACUAACCAUGGACAGGGACGCUCACCACUCACCAUGCACUGCAGAUUUUCAUGUUUGUUUUAAGACCAAUUUUGUUCACCAUUUUUUUUCAAUUUUAUCAUUCUCUAAUUUCGAAUUCCAUGACAAGUUUUAAGAAAACAAAUAAAGCAGAACAGGUUUUUUUUUUUUUUUACCAGGCCUAGUCUUGACUGAAGGAUGAAAUUAUCGACUCUGUACAGAUUUAAAACAAUGCAGGCCUUAGGGUAACAGGUUACAGACAGUUCUGUUUUAGUCUAUUACAAAAUGGACAUUUAGAUCCAGGCUAACUAUUCUUCUUCAGUUUCUGUUUCUCAAGCACAGUAGCUUAGGGGCAAAUUUUAAUAUUAACAUUGGAGACUGGCUUUU